AGGAAGAAUUGAGUAUUGACGUAGCUGUCGUAGCAUAGGCAAUAGUGCUUGUAGUCUGCGAUUACUAGAAAUUGUUGGUGGUUUUCAUAUUGAGUGAAAAUUUAAUUUAUUUAUUGUAUCAACAAAUAAAUAUCAUGGCAGCUAAAGCUAUUCAUAAGAUAAUUACAUUUCUUGGAUUUCUUUCGCUUCUUCAUGCAGCUUUUUCAGCAGUACAACACCGCUCAUAUUUAAGGAUAACAGAACAAGAAUUUACAACAUUACCAAUUGAUAUAAUCAUACAAGGCGUUGCUAGUCUUUUUGCUGUAAUGUACGGAGUUAUGCACAUUGCAGGCGAUUUCAAAGAAAUCAGAGCUGUUGUAGAUUUAGAAAAUAAAUCUUGGGAAACAUUCCGUAAUUUACCAUCAUUUCAAAUUUUCAAUCACAGAGGUAAAGCUCUGUCACCAGAAUACACGGUAGAAGAAGCAGAUAGAAGAAGAUAAAUGGCACAGUUCAAAUAAAUGUUUAAAAAAUAUUAGCACAUUACGUGGACUUCAAAUAAAUUUUAGCUAAUUGUUACAAAGUAGGCUUUAAAGUUGAUUGUCUAGAAGUGGAAAAAUUAGAUUUUUCACUGAAUCACUUAGAUAAGUGCAAUGACAUUUACUGUUAAAUGUGAAUUUCAGAGAAUGUGUGUAAAAAAUAAUAUAUUCUGAAACAUUCUUAUAAUAAAUUUUUAUAAGAUUUA